GGGGGAGGGACGCUACCAGUAGAAUGAUAUACUCGAAUGCGGUUGUGUGAAAUACGAUGGGAUCAAGCUCGGAGUCAGAGUUUGAGGAAGAGGAGCAAGAGGAAGCGAUGAAUUCAGAUGGAAUGGAAAAUGAAGAGGAGGGAGGGAGAGAAGUAGAUGAUGGAGACACAGAGGAGGAAGAAGAAGGUGAAGAGGGGGAGGGGGAGGGGGAGGAGGAGGAGGAGGAGGAGGAGGUAGAAAUGGGAGAAGAAGAGGAAGCUGCAGCGGACUCGGAGAACGAAACUGACACAAGGGUACAGGAGGAAGAAUCGGGGGGAGGUGAAGCAGAGACAGAGCAGCAUAGUGAGGCAGAGGAGCAUAGUGAGACAGAGGGGAGAGAAGAGGAGAGGGAGGAGGAAGUAGAGGAGAGAGAGCAGGAGGGAGAGGAGGAAGAAGAGGAGAGAGAAGAGGAAGCUGAGGAGGAAGCUGAGGAGGAAGCAGAGGAGGACAGUGAGGUGGAAUCUAGAGGUGAAGAGGGUCCGGGAGAGGCCGGAGUCUUGGGUGAAGAAGAGGAAGAAGAGGAGGCAGAGGCAGAGGAAGAAGCAGCUGGAUCACGUUCACGAGAGGAUGAUGAAGACGAGGAAGACGAGGAAGAGGACGAUGACGAGCAGAACGAGUAUGAAGACGAUGGGUUCCUUGUCAACGAGGAUGAGGAGGCAGAGGAGGAGGAGGAGGGUUCUAAAAGGAGUGAUGGUGAAGAAGAGGAGGUCCGCCGCAAGAAGAAGAAGAGAAAGAAGAGGUAGGAAGCAAACACACUGAUUACAUUACUGCUUGCUUUAACACUUCUUGACAUCCUUGACUGGUCCUGCAGCUUUCGUGU